AUGGGCCAGGAUGCACUCGACAUGCCCCAAUCAGUGCCUCAACACGCUCCCCAUGGCACUUCCUCAGAGACACCUCUGGCGGUCAAGGCAAAGAGAAGACGCACCAGCCCUCAGGAUUGUGCCAUCCUCGAAGCUGCAUACCACAAAAACUCCAAACCAGACAAGGCCGAAAGAGCCCUGAUCGUCAGUCGGGUGGCCCUUGGAGAGAAAGAAGUUCAGAUCUGGUUUCAGAACCGUCGCCAGAAUGACCGUCGCCGGUCUAAACCACUGCAGCCGCAUGAGCUCGUAGCCCAUCUCCGCAACAGUAAUGUCAGCCCUGUCCCUCCUCAGAUCAGCUCAUCCCCCGUCUCCGACGAUCUGUCUGCCUCUUUGUCUCGUCCCAACUCGUCUCUGGCGCCGAUCGAGCCCCCCAACCGACCGAUCUCGAGAGGCUCGAGCAUCCAUGAUCUUCUCAACCCCACCCCGUCAGACGACGACGCCAGCAUCAAGCCCAGCUCACAGGACACGAUGGGAGGGAGUACACCGCCAUCCAGCUUCGAGAAGGAUGCGUUGACCACCGGGACGCCGCCUGCAGACGUGACGCAGGAGAAAGUGGCCGAGAAUUGUGACAGACAGUCGGACGUUGGCAGUGAGCAAGGCAGCGCGAGAAAGAGAGAUCACGAUGAGAUGACUGGUGCAAACCCGUCUUGCCCUCGUGUGGAGGGCCAGGGUAAGAUGGGGGAGAGCACCAUGUCCAAAGGCCCUCUGAUGAGGGCAUCGAGUUUUGUACGGCUCUCAAUGACGGUGGACGGCGCUGUCAAGAUUCGAACGAACAAUGAGCCCACACCAUCGCCCGAAAAGCCUCGCGCUCCCACUCCCACCACACGUCACAGGCAAAGAGAGUCAUUGGCCCGCAGCAAGAGUGCGAUGAGUGAGGUGGAGAUUUUCCGUGACAGCGUCCAAGGAGCGCCCAAGAGCAUGGGGGUUGGGUUCGGUCGAUCCCGUGACGCCAGGACUUGGGAGUUUUAUUGCGACAGCAAGACGAAGGAUGCGCUUUCGACCCAAGCUGAAGCGGAAAGUGCAGGAUCGGCGGUCAGCGCCAUCAACCUCAUCCGAUCGAACGGUUUCAAGCCACGUCUGCAGGCUCUCAGCCCGUCGUUGUCCAAGACCAAUGCCCGCCGCGCGACGGGGAAGGAAGGCCGGCCCAAGCUCUCGCGUGCCAAAUCCUCCUUGGGACGUUUACAAGGUCUGAAUUCGUCGGUUGAUUCGUCGAAUGACAAAUCGAAACCUCUGCACGGCCACGGCCACGUCAGGUCACCAUCUGGAGACUCAGACAAGGAGAACUGGGCGCCCGGAACCAGAAUGUCGGAGCAUCCCUUGCGUAGAACCCAGCCCAGCACCAGUACCCGGCCGGUCCUGCAGGAAAAUGAGCAGAUGACGUUCCCGGAUGUCAGUUCUUCCCGCAAGCGUGCUGAAGAAGGAGCUGGUAGUCGACCUUCCCCAACGAAAGUGACGGCCAAAGGGGAAGAACUCGACUGCGUGCAGGGGUUGCUGUCACUCAGUCAGGGAGCUUGGUCUCGAUAG